UCCUCACAGCGAAGGCCGAAGAGAAUAUGGAGAGAGGGAAAUAUUUAGCAUUGGUGGGUGGCGGUGCUAUUUUGGGGUCUGUCUCUACCUUCUUUCUUCUUAGGCUUCUUCAUACUCCUAAAAGAGUUGUGCGGCAAUGUAGUGAGAAUGCUACUACUGACCUAAAUGGUGUUGAGGGUGGCACUAUUGCUGGAAAGAAGAAUGAUAAGGUGGUUAAUGAAGAUAUUCUAAAUGAUGAAAUUGUUUCAGAACAGCUGACUAGGAACAUUCAGUUUUUUGGCUUUGAGUCUCAGCAGAAAGUGACUGCAUCACAUGUUGUGGUCAUUGGUCUUGGAGGGGUAGGCAGUCAUGCUGCUUCUAUGCUUUUGAGGUCAGGGAUUGGCAAGCUGCUUCUUGUGGACUUUGACCAGGUUUCUCUUUCAUCACUAAAUCGACACGCUGUUGCGACAAGAGCAGAUGUUGGCAUCUCAAAAGCUCAGUGCCUUAAGGAGCAUUUCUUAUCUAUCUUUCCGGAGUGUCAAAUAGAUGCAAAAGUGCUAUUAUAUGAUUCAUCUACCGAAGAAGAAAUUCUCUCAGGCCACCCUGACUUUGUUUUGGACUGUAUUGAUAACAUUGAUACGAAGGUGGCUCUCCUUGCUGCAUGUGUACGUAGGGGUUUGAAGGUUCUAUCUGCCACUGGGGCUGGUGCCAGAGCUGAUCCAACAAGAAUACGCAUUGCUGAUUUAAGAGAGUCAACUAAUGAUCCAUUAUCUCGAGCUGUAAGACACCGUUUAAGGAAAGAUUAUGGCAUUGAAGGCGGGAUUCCUGUUGUGUUUUCUUUAGAAAAACCCAAAGCUAAGCUGCUUCCAUUUAAGGGUUCAAGUGGAGAAGAGGAAAACCCUUCAGAUUACCAGAUAGUGCCAGGUUUUAGGGUCCGUAUAAUACCUGUGCUAGGCACCAUCCCUGCAAUAUUUGGACAAAUCAUGGCCUCCUAUGUUGUGACAGACUUAGCAGGAUUUCAUGUUCAAACAGAACCCAUAGUAAAUUUUGACAUGGAUCAUUACCAUAUUCUUCAUCAACGCCUUAUUGAGCAUGAGGAGUUAUUGUAUGGAACAUCCAUGCAAGUGCAGGUAGAUGUUGAAGAAGUAAUGUACAUUGUUAAAGAACUAUGGCAUGGAAGAAGUGCUAGAGAGCAGCUUGCGAAAGAUGUUGGACGAGGAAUGUGGCGAUCAGUUAAUGAAUUAAUGCUUGUUAGGUGGGAUCGCACAAAACCGGCAUCUAUUUCAAAUUUGAUUCUUUUGAAAUUCAAAGAGGUGGAUGAGCAUGAGUCCCAAACAUUGGAUGAUAUAAAGAAAAAGGAACCAGAGUUUUACAAUAGAGUGAUUGCUGUGUUAAAACGAGCUGAACUUGACUUUGGGUUGGAACAGUAGAGGAGGACUCAAUCCAAGUGACCCAUCCAAGAAUCUCUAACGGAGGCAAUAUGACUGACUAUAUGUGUUUGGUUCUAUUUGGGCUUCUGAAAUGCAUCCAUCUGCUGAAAUUCAAUUUUAUGUCAUCAGUGGAUAGUCCAAUUUUAUGUGAGGAACAUGAAUAGCCGUAAGAUAAAGUUUCAAUGUUUUGGCAUGAUCUCUGUUACCAAUGGAUUUGGUUCAAUUAGUUAAAAUUUAAAGUACUUCAUUUGAAAGACUUGCAUGUUAGAUAUUAUAA